AUGUUGUUUUUGGAGCCUUUGUGGAAAGUAUUCCCUGCCUUUCGGAAAGAGGACAUUGAUAGAGUAUUUAAUGAGCAGCAUUAUGGCAAUGUCAAUCGAGUAUGGAUGGGUUCUGGCCUUAUUGUUGUUAGCACAGAUGGAGGACAACGACUUCAUACAAUUUGUACGCAACCUGUCUCAUCCCUUAUGUCAAGCUCUCAUUGGUCCAUCAGCAUUCAGUUGGAGCAAGCAGUUCUUGAUGUUCUUAUCUCCUCAGCUUCAGGCAAUUCAGACAUCAUCACCAAUUUGUAUGUGGUCCAGUCCAAUGGCUCAGUGCAGUGCUGGCAACUGGGCCAAGAGAACUAUGCAUGGAAAUGCAUUUACCGGUUAAGUAUCCAGACCACUGGGAUGAGGCUGCUUUCUCCAAGUGAUUGUGUAACAGAAGUGCCAUCAUCUCAGUCAAUUGUUCUCACUAAUGUCUGUCUGUUAGUUGACCAUAACAUUUUGUUUUGGUGUGAAAGGAAUGGUCCAAGGUCACACAGAAGUCAUUCUAUCUACAAAGUACAACUUCCAGGUUGUGGUGAUGACAUAAAUUCUCUGGGAAAACACAUUGAGCAAACUGAAAUUCUUCGCAACUGUCCACCAUGUUCUCUUCUGACAUUCAAACAUAGUAUCUUGAUUGUGCCUGAAGAAAUGAUGAAUGGCAGUGCACCUUUUGGGAUCAUCUACACCCCAAUGGAGGAAUCUUGUACACUCAUCUUCGGCAAGAAACUUGUGCAGCAUCAAGUUUUCGUCAAAUCAGGAGAACCUCUCAGCUUCAAAUCUCUCCUUAUGCAAUAUCAAAAAGAACUGAGAAAGACCAUGUCUCAGUUUCCUGCUGUGUUAGGCUCGGUGUUCCAUCCAGUGAACAAUCAACUUCAUAUUAUACAUCAAGGGGGACAACUUGUGACCUGGCUAGAACCAACCGCAGCCACGAAAGAAAUGCAGUGCAGGCAUCUUUGCAAUUUUAGGGGAGUUGACCCCAAAGCCAAGUGGCUACUUUCUUAUACAUACCUCAUGGCUACGUCAGCAAAUGAAGCUCGAAUUUGGAGUUUGGUGACUGGAGAGAGUUUUCCUCUGAUGAGUAUCCCAGAACGGUUAGGAACAUUUGUCUUGCAGAAUUCCAUGCAACUCUCUGGCCUAUUCACCAAGAAAAACAUCUUCAUCUGUCAGAAAAAGGCUGAAGAAUACAAAACAGAUUGCUUACCCCAAGGAAAUCAGUAUCGGACAGAAGCACUAAAUGUUGCAGCUUUGGACCAGGAGAGAUGUAAAAAGCCAAGUGGAGAAACCCUGCACAAAUUGCAGAAUCUUCAGACAGAAUGGGCUGAUAAACGGUACCAGCAACCUACAACAAUGUACACACAACUUACAGAUCCGUUUUUGGACAGUUAUUGGCAAUUGGAAUCACUCUGGCAGAAUACGGUCAACUGUGAUGAACAGGUAACAAUAAUCCUUCCUCAACAUUUACAGACAAGACAAAUCCAAAUGAUGAUCCUUGCUUCACAACAGCCAAUGCUUGUCCUGAACAGUUUUAAAAACAUCCUUGACCUGGAGGCAGAUGUAAAUGAAAAAACUCUUCCCAUGUGGCAGUUCAUUCUUGGCCUUGAUAACAACGAUGCUGACAAAAUCAACAUCAACCUUCAGUUGUUUGAGACUUUGUGCCAAUUAUUCUUCAUUGAAGAUCCACAGUACCUGGUGAUAUUUGUUGACAAAGCUCAACUUGCCUACAAAUUCAACGUUGGAGUUGCUGCCUUCACUCGAGAAAGAAAUGUGAAAAAAGUUUAUGCUCAAGCCAAUGCUUGCCUGCCCCCACCAGAAGCCUCAAAACAUUUGUGGGAUGCUGUGGAGGCCAAAGUCCAGUUAAUUUUAAAAAGUGAAAGUGGCCAUUCAGCUCUAAAGGGCCAAGAUCUUCUCCUGACCUAUGACCACUGGGAGAGUGCUCUGUCACAUCUAAGACAGUGUAUUGAUGACAAACAGCUAUUCAGGCAGUUGCUCCAUUUCACACUAAAAGCCCUUGCCAAGGAAAACAUUUUGGAUAAAUACAUAGCAGACUUGAGUGGACUGUUAAGCGUCAGUGGAAAUAUUUCUCUGAUGGCCCUCAUCCAUGAGCUGAUGGACUCUACAAAUCGAGGGGAGACUCUCUUACCCACAUCCACUCAGAAAAGUUCAGAAAACAAAGUCACAGAGCCCCUGUUUGAGGACAGCCCUGAUAUUCCAUACAGUUGUUUGCAGAUGGCACUUUGCUCUUUGGACAGCAUGAGUCUGAAAAUGUCGCCAGCUGAUUCGACAGCAACAUUUGAUGAGGACUUAUCUCCAGAAAUCAAACUAGAGGAAAUCUAUCGAAUACCAAUUGAUGCUUGA